GCUCCAGCAUGCAGUCGAAGAGGCUUACCACUGAGCCUCCAUGUAUAACAGAAGACGUGUUUGAAGAGUGCUUAGCCACAGAUGAUAUGCUUGUGGACUACUUCAAUGAAUUUUUGAGUCUUCCACUGUUUAGGAUAAUUGCCUAAAUCCAAGCCUAACUACCUAGCCUUUAACGCCAGGCCUCCUUUUGAGGCUUCCAUCCAUAUGCCAGAUUUUUCUUAGCACAGAAAUACCAUCCUCCACGCCUUCCCUGCUUAUUUGGAAACUAUGCUUCAGGUUUUCCCAAAAUCACAGAGGAUGGAGUGGGAAAAAAACUUCAGCCUGCUUAGUAUCUGGGUCUCCUUGGAUAUGCACUGAUUUCAGGACAUCUUUUAGAGGCCAAAAUUCUCUUUGGCCUCACAGGGCUCCUCAGCCCUGAGUCCUGGCUCAGUUCAGCAGCUUUGAAAUGCAACAAUUGUCCAGGCACUUCUGACUGCUCUUGAAGCCCACAGAAAAGAGUUCACAGACAGUCCUGAGUAAACACUGUUUUAUGCUGGUAAUCUUGACUUUUGCCCAGCCAAUUAAAUUUAACCCGGACUUUGGGGUUUUUGAAGUAGUUAAUGAUGCCCCACAACGCCUGGAAAACCAGCUGAAAAAAGUUCUACAUGAUCAGAAACCUCCAAACCCCAUUUAUGAUGUUAUAAGGAAAGCAAAGAAUGACGGGCAGCAUUCCAAAAAGAUCAGCGCUUCUCCAGUCUUCAAUAUUGAUCCAAAUUACAACACUAUGCGUCUUGAUCGAGAACAAGCGGUUCAGUGGAUUAAGAAAGAAAGACUUCCAGCUUUUCUAGAAAGUGACUGCUACUUUGAAUACAGGCUAGCUAAAUUGAUAUCACAAGUAGAAUGGAGCCAGACUGGCAUUAAUUUCAUUAUAGACAGUAACUAUUAUCCCUGGAUAAGGAAGGAAGACACAAGUCCUCCCUCUCCUGAAGAGGAUGACACUUCAUUCACUAUGAAGAAGUUCUAUGUAUCACUUGGCCAGGCUACGGUUUCUCAGACAAAGGAUUGGUUUACAUUAGCAAAAGAAAGUGAAUCCACAAAAACUACAGAUUCAUUUACGCGUCCUGUAGCUUCUAGUCAAAUCCAAGAUAUUCAGCAUUUGCCUGAGAUGCAUGAAAGAGAUGAUUCAUUAAGUGACAAAACUGGCCUAGGCAAUAGCAAAAUGAACAGAGUUGCUGGGAGUUCUCUCAGGAGAGUUCUCUCUCUCCUCCCAGAGAAAAAACAGCCAUACCUUGAGACUUAUACUGCCGGGACCUUGGAGUUGAAAGGCUGGAUGGAAAAUUGGAAGACAUGGACUGCAUCAGCAAAAGCUGGUGAUAUUAGGGAGAAAUCCAGAGAGGCUAAGGAGCAUUCUUCUGUGGCCAUUGCUGAAACUCCUGCUCACACUCAGACAGUUUAUGUAGACCAGAAACUGGGAAGUGCAUCAAAAGAAGAAAGUGGACAGGAGAAUGCAACUCUUCAGACACCAGAAGAAACCAUAGUAAUGGAGGAAUCAAUUUCAGAACUGAUCCACCAGCCAGCUGCCGAGACUGAGAGUGACGUGGAUUUCCAUAAACAGCCUGAAGUGUUUGCACACGAGUUAGCAAAUAACGAAGUUGCCUGUGGUACUGCAGAGCCACUCUUUUCCCAAAGUUCUUCUCCAUUUACUGUCUUUGACUCCAUGAGAGAUGUAAGAGAACAGGAUACUGAAGAAGUGAGCUUAAGAUCAAGUUCUGAAAGUGAUGGGGCCGACAGUAGGGCUGCCUGGUGUAUUAGCCACAGAACAUAUGAUGCUGGCAACAGAAAUGAGUUUGAAAGAUUCAGGAAAUUCAUUAAAGGAACACUUGGUGAGAGGUAUUGGUGUCUCUGGAUGGAUAUUGAAAGACUAAAGGUUCUUAAGGACACUACAAGGCAACAAAGGCAACUUGAUAGGAUGAAAAAAUUCUAUCUGCUGAGCAGUGGAGACUAUUUCCUCACUUCUGAAGUGUUACUCAGACUUGAUCUGCUACGUGGAGAUCAGUGGAAUAUAAAGCAAUUAAGGCGGAUUCAGCCUGAAGUAGUGAAACCUCUUCUUCUUUACUGGGGUCCCAGAUUCUGUGUCACUCAUUCGACAGCAAUAGAUACUGCCAGUGCAAAACUGAAGUUCUGGCACACGUGCCAGGAGAGACCAAGGGUAGACAUUGAUCCUUUUCCACAAAUGGUGUCAUUGCUGCCAUUGACACCUAAAUCUUGCAUACCCAGGAUGCUUCCUCAGAAAAGUAGAACCAGCACACCAACAACUUUUUUGAAACUAGCCACACCAAAUUUCUCUUUGAAGAGUUCAUCAAGGUUAUCACCUGUUUUGUCAUCACGUCAGAGCCCCCAAAGGGAUGACUUUUCCAGCAGCAGAAAGUGGCUAAAGUCAGUGAGCAGGGACAUGAUACCUUGCAUAACUUUAGAUGACUCUACAGUAAUAAAAUACCAGGCUCGCAGAAAGUACACCUAUGCUGAGUUGCUCCCAGGGAAAAGUGCUGCUGGCAGCGCAGUCUUAGGGAGAUCAAUAAUGGAAAGCAUGCUGCAGUCUCUUUAUUUGGAGAGCAGAGCAGGCUACUACUUCACACACUUCUGUGAGAAGUCAGGGAAUAAGUUGUGGAAGAACAGUGCGUACUUUUGGGCUGACCUACAGGCUUAUCAUCAGCUUUUCUACCAAGAAACUCUUCAUCCCUUUAAAAUAUGCAAGCAAGCUCAAUUCCUUUAUGCAACUUACAUUGCCCCAUCUGCCAGUAUGGACAUUGGACUUCAUCAGAGCAAGAAAAACAUGAUUUAUCAGAAAAUUGAUCCAGCUUUUGAGGAUCUUUUUGACUUAGCAGAAGAAUAUAUCCUCAUUCUUCUGCUAGAACCAUGGAUGAAAAUGGUGGAAACAGAUAAGUACACGUAUGGAAAGGUGGAGUUGGUGGAAGAAACUCGACAGCUGGACUCCGUGUACUUUAGAAAGCUCCAGGCUUUGCAUCAAGAGAGUGUUUCCAAGAAGGAUGAGAGUACGGUUGCUGACACUGGUCUGCCAUCCUGCCCUGAUGUUCUCAAAGAAGCUCAGAAGUUGUGUCAAGUUCUCAAAGAAUCGGAAGGCUCUAAUCUGUAUGACCUGAUCCACGACAAACAGAAGUUAGAACAGUUCUGGGCUUUUCUUAAUGAGCACUCUGCUGGGAUGGAUCUCAUGUGCUGGCUAGAUAUUGAACAGUUCAGAAGGAUGCUCCACAAGGAUAAAGAAGGAAGAGAGGAAAAAUCCAAGGACAUUAAAAACAAGUACCUGAACAAAAAAUAUUUCUUUGGACCCAACAGCCCAGCUACCAGAGAGCAACAAGAACAGCUAAUGCAUUCAGGUGGAGGAUGGGGACAAAUCCUUCAUGAUCGGCUUCCUCCAGCGGUUUUGCUAGAAAUUCAGCAGUGCAUCCAGAAGAGAUUAGAAGAACAAUGGGUGCCAUUGUUCCUGGCAGAUGAACAACGUGGGGUGGAGGGACAAGCAAAGAUAAGGGACAGAACCGAAGAUCUCCUAAGCCAAAGCCAGGAGAAGACAACUAGGAUGUGGAAGCAUGUGGACAAUAAGUGGGUUUCUUCAUCUAGUGAAAUAAUUGCUUUCCGCAAAGCGCUGUUGAAUCCAGUGACAGCAAAUCAGUUUCAACGCUUUGUGUCCCUGAAAGGAGACCUCCUGGAGAACGGAGUGCUCUUUUGGCAAGAGGUACAGAAGUAUAAGGACUUGUGCCAUUCUCAUUGUGAUGAUGCCACAGUCCAGAAUAAGAUCACAGCUAUCAUCGACUGCUUUAUUAAUUCCACCGUACCCCCAGCUUUGCAGAUUGACAUCCCAACUGAACAAGCACAGAAGAUUUUGGAGCACAGGAAAGAACUAGGACCUUACAUUUUUAGAGAGGCGCAGAUGACUAUUUUUGCUCUUCUGUUUAAAUUUUGGCCAAAAUUUUGUAAGUUUCAAAGCCGUUUGGCUAGUGAUGAAAUUUUGCUUGCCUUGGAGAGAAAAAAAGGAAAAAAGAUGCAAAAGAAGGAAGGCAAAACAUUAGAGGAAAGGCUCACAAAGCUUCAGGGUAAAGAAGUGGAUGCAAACCUCAUCAAUCUGACAAGCAGUGCUCUGGGACGAGAUACUGGCAUGGAUAGAAGACCAACAUCAUUUUCAGAUGGAUAUGGGUGGCAGGCUUCCUGGUCCUAUUCCAAGUACAUAGAAGCCUUGGAGCAGGAGAGAGUACUCCUUAAAAUGCAAGAAGAUCUGGAGAAAAAUUCAUCAUCAUUCUUUACAGGUACCUCAUCUACGUCCUUCAUGAAGGCUAGAAACUCUGAAAAAUCCACCAUUUCUCCAAAGAGCAGUGUGACUUUGGAGAAACGCUCAAAUCUUCCCAAAGAAACAGAAAGCAGAUUAAAAUCUCUCUGAGGAAGGAAAUGCAGAGACAUUCACCACAGGUGGGCAGGAGACACAAAACUAAUGUGUGUGCAAGGUUUGUACAUAAUUUCCAGAGCAAAGACAACGACUUUGAAUAUUACUAAGAACCAUGAGGCAUUAGUCAAGGGUAGAAACGAAACAUCUUCCAAUACAUUCCCUAUCAAUGUGAUUGUGAAACUGGCUCUUGUGUCAUUUAUUAAUUUAACUGUAUGCCUUGGAGGCUCAACUUAGCAAGAUUCCACUGAAGUAUGCACAGUACAAACAAUGACGUGGUCUUGGUCCUAAUGACCUUAUAAGCAAACCUAGUUCUUCAGCACCUAAUCCAAUGAAAAAGUAAAACACUGCAUUAACUGAUAGCUCUGAAGCAGAGUGUCUCAGCAUGCUAUGGUCUUAGUACUGCAAUUCACACAACUUCUGGUCAUCAAGAAUAACCCAUGAAGUGUAUGAACUAUCCUAAAAACAAACCCUAUUGUGGUUUGUUCCCAGUCCAGUCUAAUUCCUGGCCCAAAGUACACCUUCUGCCUCAUUUCUGAGUUCUGAUCCACAUGAAAGACUCAAUAUAUAUCAGGACACCGAUCUGACUGAUAACUUUUGCAAAAUGUCAUUCUUCCCAAGGCGUAAUUCACUGGAAGGCUGCAGGAAUUCAUAGCUCUCGGGUAGCUCUCCCUUCUUUCUUACUUCCUUUUAAAACUUUAAGAGCUGUAAAAAGAGCUGGAACAGAGUUGAUAGUGGGGACUGAAGGAAGGGCAAGGGCAGAAUUAACUGCUGGGCAGGGGACAGGAUGAUGAUAGACCUCUCCACAUUUUUCAGACCGUUUUAAACACCAGUCCAUAGCCACAGCAUUGUUGGCUCCAUUUUCCUCUACAUGUGUGUAACGCAUGUAAGAGAAAGGCAGAUCAGGGAGCUCCAGCUUGCUGCGUUCCUGAAGACUUAUCCCAGAGUUAGGGAUGGGAUUGUCUUCUGCUCCCCCUCCCAACCUCCUGGACAAGAAGAAGGAGCUAUGCAGCCCUCCGUGAGUUACCAGAAGUCAAGGACCUUCACGUGGAGCUCUUAGAUCACCUGUUUAAGGAAAAUUCAUGAGUGUUUUUGUCUUCAUUGUGAAGUGACAGCUAAAGACAACUGAUAGUCUUUUUCUUUUUCACUCUCCAAACACAGUGACCCAGAACUGUGGGAUUUCUGAUGGGAUUUCCAUCAGAAGCUCCUUUAGAGAGCCUGGCAGGGAAGGAAUAUGUGCACGUUUAUGGCUAUAGCUCUUCUGCUGUGUAGCCUCACAGAAAGACCAUGGGAGAUCACUGCUUCAGUUCCUACUUUCCCUACAGUUCAGAUACAGAGUUUGCUUCAGGCUUAUCUCUGUUCCUUCUGUGUUCGGGCUGUUUCCUUGCAAGGUAUUACCUGAGAAAGACAUCUUCAGUAGAAGCCACAACAAGGGAGUAAAACAUAAAGUUUCUCUUCCUGUUUUUCGUGUUAUCCCAAAUUUCACAGAUGCACUGAACUGCAAUGCUCAGUACAUCUGAGGAGCGUGGAAUGCAGCAUCUUGCAGUGAGCAGAGCACAUGUGGUGCCGUGUGGCCUACCGCUCAUUAAUGUGAAAGCCAAAGUAUCAUCAUGAAACGCCACAAAUGCAGUGCUGUGUGUCAGUCUGAAAAACAUGUGAAAGGCCACUUUCUGCUGCUACGGUCAGUACAGUGCAUGCAACCAAAUGCUGGAGCAUAGCAGUCAGUUUCUGUUUUGUUGUAUCCUUGCCUUCGUGGCAUUUCGAGACAGACAAAUAACGUGUAGACAAUGCUUAUCUUAUGCUGGUAGCUUUUACUUGAAUCAUACUUGGAUUACUUAUAAAAUGAAAAAGAUUAUCCAGAUAUUUGUCACAGAUGAUGUAUUUCCUUGCAUGUUUCAGCCUUACAAAAUUGUUAGCGAAAAUUUACUGGCCCUCCUCCCGCUGAAACUGUUGCCCCGGACGGUUACUGUGAUUAAUACCGUACACAUCUAUCACUUAAAGACAAUCAAAACCAAAAAACACACCAUGUACUUCACGUACUUCCAUGAGUGGGUAAAAUUCCACAAACUGCGUCUCUUCACUCAAAGUUCUGCAAACAAAUGAGAGCCCUCGGUCCAGUCUGUCUCCAUGUUAACUGAAAUAUAUAUAUAUGGAUAUAUAUGUGCGUGUGUGCAUUUAUAGGCCAUUUCUGUGGGCCAAAUGGGCACUUCAGAAAUGUACAGUACUACUGCCUUUUUGUCUUGUUCCUGAGGUACAUUCUGUGUCAGGUUGCUGAGCCACCACCUAAGUGAGCCCAGCAGCUUUAAAGGACUAGAAAAGUUUCAGUCAAACACUCUAGCACCUCUCCCUUUAGAUAAAUAAAAUUCUAUUCCUUCUUUAGCUUAACUAUGUAUACUUCGGGAGUUUCAGAAUUAUAUAGCACUGUAGUAGAACAACAUUUCUGUGUGGAAUAGACAAUAAAAAGCUCUAUUUUUAGAAACCUGGAAAUGUAGAUUUUUUUUCUGGAUGGAUCCGUGCUUUGGUGGAGCUCAAAAUACAGAAUCUAAUAAAAUACAGAGUCUAAUCAGACUUUUGUUGUUUACUACCAAGUAAUGCAACAUAUUGGAACUAUUUUGAAAUUUUUUAAACCAUCAUUUGGAUUCAUAAAUAUUUAGACUUAGAUGCUAUUACUGUGUAUUUCACUUUUCUCUCAUCAGACUUGGCAUUUUUAUUAAAAUAUUUUACAAUCUUUGCAUGCCAGACGCAACCUAGCUUAAAAGACGCAGUCCUGAAAUCGAUCACUCAGAUACUCCUGAUAGCAACACAAGCUGAGACUACUCGCUUACGAGCCCCAAUGCAGUUUGCUUUGACUUCUUCCUGCUACUGCACGACACAACGCAUCAGACUAUGGGAUGAAUUCCUGAAGUUAUGGAGGGCUGGAUUAUAUUCUUAACAUGCAUUCUUAACAUAAUUUACAAGUGCGGUGGUAGUGGUGGUCACCAGGCCAGUUAAAAAGAAGUAAAAUGCUUUCUUAGUUGUGUCUGUACACUGCUGCUGUGCCAUUCCCUCCGUACUCCUUGAAAUCUUUUUUUUAUUAGUGACUGAUUUUUUUCUUUUUUUGAUGACUAUAAUGGGAAUGGUUUUAGGCAGCGAGCUGUAGAUUUAUUUACCUCUUUCAAGGUGUGGAAAUCUAGAUUUAGUCAUCAGGCACUGAGAUCAGCAAUGAAGAGAGGUGCUUUGCAGGCAGCAGCAGACCAGAUUUGCCAGGCCCAGCUUCUACUAUUGUUUCUCUUAUUAAAUAGCACAAGGUAGCCCAGGACAGGUUGUUUCUGCUGCACUUUCUACAUCUUUUACACAGGAAGAAUCACUGUGAAUCACUUUGCAAACAUGUUUGACUUCAAAUGAACAAACAAACAAAAAGCAGCAUGCAUACAGAUGAAGCAUCUAUGAAUCAGGUAGUUUUAUAUACGUGGGACCCUUGGUUUCCUGCUGAAAAUUUCCGGAGCACUGAAAAAUGACAGGUGUCCCGUCAUUGCUCCGUCUGUGCCUUUAGCCUCAUGCAGUAUUGCAGACCUGGGGAAAUUUUCUAUCUUCUGUCACUUGUACGUUUGUGAAACGGCAGCCUCAGUCCUGCCCAACACUACUGCUCUAGUCAAAACUACUGACUUGAGCUUAUUUAUUAAUAUUUUUUUUAAUAGGUGUGUGAGAGCCUGUGUGCGUGUGUAAAAACGAUUGAAAAUGAACCAGGCGCUUCAAAGUUUUGUUCCAAACUCAGAAAAGACAAACCUUACGUAAUUUAUGUUUCUCAUGUGAAAUCUUAUCACCGUGUAGCUGCCAAUGCCAAUGUAGCUGCAGUAAUCCAGGUUGAAUUUGACCUGUUUAAACUGUCCCAUUACAUUCAAAUGAUGUUUUUUGUUUCUGCUUUUUUAUAGAAAUGCUUUUAGUCAGUCACUGUGAAUCAUUCCUGAGCAGAGCUAAGACGGGGUUAAUUUUUUUUAUUAUUAUUUUUUUUAAGCUUAUGGAACGUUGGUUUUAAUACAUUCAGUAGUUGCUGUAAAAAUGUAGGGAAAGACAGGUUUCAACAAAAAUUUUAGAUCUGGAUCUGUACUCACAGUUCAAGCCUACCUCUAAUGGCCUGAUUUGGAGCUUUCCCAGGAUUUCGGAGAGUUAUAAUUCACAUCUGUGUUUCUAACUCCUUCAUGCAUGAUUAUUUGAAUGUGCACUUUUGGAACAGGUCCACGUCUAAUAGGCUAAAUUGUAGUUCCCAAAUCAGAAGCCACAUGGUAUUGCUAUAUAGUUUUUUAUUUUUCCUUUUAUUAUGUAGCCUUCAAACAAGGUUCUGUCAGUCCGGCACGCUGCAGUAAUACAAACCACCAAAAUGUACACUUUCUACCUACCUGCUAACGAACUCAUACAUUUUGAUUUCUACCAGUGAUUUAAUAAAGCAUUUACACAAUGGCCACAAUGGAUACUUCUCUGCCAAGUAAUAAUUUCUCAGAGUGUUAGAGCAGAUUGGAAUUACAAUGGACCAGUAAACUGACACGAUACGUUACGGGUAGUCAAGGUAUAGAUUAGAUUCUCUCAUUUUUAAUAUUAAUUGAGCCAAACUAAUUUAUAUCUCAAGCACAGGCUGCAUUUACUUGGAUUUUCUCCACUAAUUAAAAAUAUUCAACUUUCAUGGUAACACAUGUGAAAGUGUUGACAACAACGUUGCUUAUUCCACAUGUUAAUUAUGUAUUUGUUCAGAGUGUGCCGAUGAACUAUGUGCACUUCUCAUGUUAACUUUUCAUUUCAUGUCAAAAGCAAAUGUACUAAGUGGAUUUGUGCUUUUAAUUUGAGAGACUUCUUUUUCCUCUAAAGCAAUCUUGUAUAUGAUUCCUCUGUACCACAUGCAUUUGAAAAUCUUUUGUUGGCAAUAAGUUUAAGAAGAAAGUACUGCUCUCUUCUCAGAAAAGGACUUUUCAACAAAGCAAAGCAAUUGUGCCAUUAAUGAGAAAGUUAAAUGAAACAAAUGACACGACAAGAAAAAAAACACAGCAUCACACUCAAGGAAUGCACAGGCACACAAUAGCUUAUGCAAUAUUCCCCAUCUGUCAAAGCCAGUAAAUACAGAGAUUUCAUUGGAAAUAUUCAUUAAAAUAGUCUGCGGUGGCUGUGGCUCAGUAAAUGCGAUCAACCAGCUUUUAGCAUUCUUAGUAGUUUUCACCUGUAGGCAAGCAAAUGAAUUUCAUCCCAGCUGUAGACCCAACUGAGCAGUAUUGGUUUUGGAAGCCCCAGCCCCUGAUUUUGAAUACCACUCAUUCCUGUAAAAGGUAUUAUGGGAAUCAAACCUGUCACAUCUCUAGAGUAAUUUACAUCUUUACAGUUUUGCAUGUGUACAGUUGUGUAUAUGUGUCUAAAUUCUAUACUUCAUAGGUUUGUGUGUGUUUGCAUAAAUAUACGCCAUAUGCAUAUAUGCAUAAAAUUACUUUGCUCAGUAAAAUAUUUGACUGUUAUAAUGACAUAGGAUUUAAUCUCGAUGUACAUCCCCAUUUUCCUAAUACAAUUUUCCAGUGAUUUGCUUCCGUAUAAUUUUUUGAGAAUGAAUGUCUUUUGUUUCAUUAAAAUGAUUCAUUCUGUACUCACAGUUCAGAGGAUGAAGCCCUUAUGCUUUCUUUGUUGAGGAAUAUGUCUCUUCCCAGAGGUAUGCGUGGCAGCUGGGAAGAGAAAAUAAGUACACUUUUCGGGAGUUCAUUUUGCUCUAGAAAGCAUAUACAAGAAAAAAAUUAACUUUCCCUCUGUUUUUUCUCCCAAAUAAGAAAGUAAUUAACAGCACAUGUUGGGCCACUCACUAAAGACUACAAUAAAUGAUUUAGUAUUUUCAAGCUAAUGAACCCAAUACUUGAUCUAAAAAUGUCGAGUAUAUAUGAUUGUGUUCAUCUUCCAGUUACGACCUUCCAGUUCAAAGAUCAUCCUAACUCCUUGAUCCUGAAAGUUGCUGAAUGUAUUGAAACUCAUUCUUAUAAGUUGUGUCUCCAGAGGUGCUCAGCACCUGGCAGUAGUAGGUCCUCAGAAAGUUGUCCAAAGGACUCAAACAGGUAUUUUUUUUUCCCUCUGAAAAACAAACAGGGAAAUAGCACUGCUUUGUCAUGCAGCUCCACAAAAAAGAAUAUUAAAAAACAAGGCAAAACACAAUCAAAGCACAGAAAUACAUAGACUCUGUUGGGCUUGCCAAGGCAACGUAGUACAAAUCACAGAUUGUAUGCUGAGACACUAGCUAAGCAUUGGAAUAAACUGCCCAGAGAGUUUUUGGUAUCCUUAUUGUCAUCAGAGGGGUUCUAAAAACAGAUAAGGUAUGUACAUCUGCCAGGAACAACUAAGUAUUUUCAGACCCAUACUGGGGCAGGGGAGUGAGUAGAUGAAUUCUUGAGGGACUUAUUUUCUCCAAAUCCGUACUCAGGUUGUUCUGAACGCAAAAUCUUAGCCUCUGCUAAGGAAUAUUACGACAGUCAAGGGCCGUGACACUUCAUUUGCUCUGCACCCGAAACUCCCACUGAAGCCAAUUAUUCAAUCUAAUUUAACAAAGACCACAGCUUCUCUGGCUGUGCAAUUGUUGGUAACCAUCAACAAACUGAUUCAUCUACAAUUGGGCCAAAUGUUACAAAAUCUGUUUCUGAGUUCUUGUUUGUACCCCCUUCAUAAGAUUACACCAAAAUUAAAGCAUGCAGUACUUGAACUAACUUCAAAGGCUGAGCUUGCACUUCUAGCUAGUUCAGCCUUUUUAUUGGUUCAUGUUUUCCAUUUGGCUUCAACAUCCUGUUCUUUACUGAUGCCCUUCUAGAGUUUCAUUUACAAAUAUUACGUCCCUGGUUAGUGAGCCAUGCUAAUUAAUACUGUGGUGGAGGCUAUGGAUUAUAGUAAUCUUAUGCCUCCUGCUUGGAAAAAUGCUGCAAUUUUUCCACCCAUUUACAUGUAAUGCCGUAUUGAACAUGGCCAAAUUUGUCUUAGGAAAAUGUAUCCUGAACUCAUUUAAUCAUAAUAUAUUUAACUAAGGUUGUUUAUGCUGUUAUCUAUUGCCAGUUUUGCUAAUCAUGAAGCUCAAAAAUUUCAAUUCAGUAGAAACCUGAGACCUACAAUAUCCUAAUUAGAUUAUUUCAAACAAAACAAUAAAGUUAAAACAGGCUGGCUUCAGUAUACAUAUUUUUAAAAGUUUAUGCCAAUAACAAGUUUGUUAAAAAAACACCAACAGAUGAUUCGACCACUUUCUGGAAGUGUCACACUUCUGACUGUGCCUUACCUUUCAAACCUGGGACCACAACUUGACCUGGAUGUAGCUCCACCAGGGAUUUUGUAGCCAGAGACUCCCUGAGUGCUAGCACUUCAAGGACUGUCAAAGUUAUGCCUGU